CAAUAUCAUAUGCAAAUAAAUUCAAAUUCACAUAAUUUAAAGCUACCACUUGAUGAUUUAGGAUCUAUAGGAUUUAAUUAUAAAUCAGGACUUAACCUUGCAACAAUUAAAGUUGGAUUUGCUUUUGCACACGUCUCUAAUCCCUCAUCGAUUAUAACAAAUGAUUAUUGGCAAGAAUUUACAGGCCCAUUAAAAACUGAUACUGUUUUAAGAUAUGAUCAAUAUCUUAAAAAUAUCGAGGCAUGGCGAUUACCAGUAUUAGUACAAAAGCCUGUUAUACGAAGAACAUUUAAAAGUGGCUUUUUAACUAUUCAAUUUUUCAAACUUCAUUUAAGCAAAAAAUUUGAUAAACCUGAUCUUCCUGAAGAAUUAUAUUAUAAAAAGGCUAUAACAGAUUAUUUAACAGAAAUGGCUAAAGCUGCAGCUAUAUAUUGUAAGAGAAUAUUACAAAAACAACAAGGCCCAAUUGUUAUAUUGGACUGUAGCAGUUAUAAAAUAGAUUUUAUAACUUUCAUGCUGAAAAAUAAUGAAUUAAAAGAAAGUGGCAAUAAAAUUACUGAAUUUACUGGUGGAGCAUGGGUUGAUAAAGAAUUUUUAAAAUUUUUAAAGAAAAAUAUCAGAGAAUCUGCCAUAAUUUCAUUGGCUAAAGAAUACACAAUCAAUUUCAAUAUAUGUUAA